GUGUUUACCGUGCGUGAGGUAGCGGUUGUUGGGGUGCAGGGAGAGGUACCGCUCCUCUCGGUGGGGCUGCCCGGGCCUGGGAGCUGUCAACCGCCAUGAGGUUCCGCAGGAAAAUCAGGAGCCCGGCGGUGCUAAGCCAUGAGUUCAUCAUUCAGAACCAUGCUGAUGCUGCAUCCUUCCUGGUGAUGGCCUUCUUGCUGGGGCUCAUAGUGGAGGCCCCAGCCAGGAGCAUCAUCAUCUUUAUUGCUCUGCAGUACAAUGUCACCUAUACCGUUGAUGACAACAGCGAGCAGUUUCAUUUUUAUGACUAUGGUCCAAAAGACUUUGCCACAAUCUUCUUCUACAUGCUUGUAGCUAUUAAUCUGCAUGCUGUAAUCCAGGAGUACGUAUUAGAUAAAAUUAAUAGACGCCUGCAUUUGUCAAAAACAAAGCACAGCAAAUUCAAUGAAUCAGGACAGCUAGCGUUUUUCUACUUGUUUUCAUUUAUAUGGGGAGCAGGUAUUUUGAAUGAAGAAGAAUUCAUGAUGAACCCAACCUCACUCUGGAAAGAUUAUCCCCAUUCUCGUAUGCUUUUUCAGGUAAAAUUCUUCUAUAUUUGCCAGAUAGCCUAUUGGCUUCAUGCACUGCUGGAGCUAUACUUCCAAAGGAUCCAAAAGGAAGAUAUUCCAAGGCAGCUAUGUUAUAUUUGCCUUUACAUUGCUCAUAUCUCUGGUGCCUAUAUAUUAAAUUUGCAGCGUUUGGGGCUAAUUCUGAUGGUACCUCACUAUUUAGUGGAACUCAUUUUUCAUGCCUCACGUCUUUUCUACUUCAGUGAUGAAAACAAUCAAAAAGGAUUUACCAUUUGGGCUCUACUUUUCGUAAUGGUGCGUCUUUUGACCCUAACUUUAUCUGUCCUCACAUUUGGAUUUGGUCUGGCAAGAGCAGAGAAUCCAGGUUUUUCCAUAGCAGAUGGAAACUUCAAUGUACUCCCUGUGAGGAUUGGCUGCCUGGGUGCUGUUUGUCUAACACAGGCCUGGAUGAUGUGGAAAUUUAUAAAUUUUCAGCUGAAGAAAUGGAGAGAGCAUGUUAAGAACCAGAUUCCAAAGAGAAAAAUAACUAACACGAAGAACAAACGAACGAAAAAGUAACCAAAUAGAGCUACCUUUGUCAAUGGAGCAGCAAAAUCAGAAUGCGGAGCAUCGCCAAGAAUAAGAAAAUCAAAACCAGUAUGAGAAUACAAGCUAGUAUCAGAAGACAACAUUUGACAGAAGACUGUGACUUAAAAAACUGACACUACAAAGCUAUUAUUUGGAUGUCUUAUUAUUUCAAUAGACACUAUCAGGUUAUAUUUUUAAAGUGUUUUUGUUAAUAACCCUACAUUUAUGACAAGAUCGUCUUUGAUCUACCUUAACCUGGUAGUCAUCUUAGCUUUAAUAAUGAAAACACAUUAAUUGGUUUGAACUUUUGGUUCUGUGAUCAGAAGUUAUUACAUUUCUGUAAUUUUUGCAUUACAGGUGCUUCAGAAGAAUAAGUUAUCUGUCUAUUCAUUUGUGUUUACAAAAUCAAAAUUCUGUACCAAAAAGAUCUUAUCAUGUCUGUGUUUCCUCCACUCUUCCCUCCCCAAGACUUUUUUCUUUAUUCAUCUUACAUGGAGUAAGAGGUAUAUCUGAAGUAGCCUGGUAAAAAAGCAAAAAUUGUUCUAUACCUGACUUCUCUUUAAAAAUUACAGAUUUAGAGAGAGGGCAAAUUCUGACAGGACAUCACUAGUCAUCUUUCAGUAUAAAGGUGAGACUAAUGUUUAGUAAAGAUGCAAAUUGUGUGCCUCAGGAAAAACGCUAGACUGCCUGUUGGGUUUUGCAGUGGAUUGUACUGUCUUGUAUGGGGCAGGGGGAAUAAAAAUAGCUGAUUAAUGUGUUAUAGUCUUAGCCCUUGUGAAAUAAAAGACAAAACUUCCAGAUAUUUCUAAAGAGCCAGUAUUUCAUGCUUGCAGUCAUGUGCCAGACUUUUUUUUUUUCCCUCAACUGUUUUUUUUUCCUUUGAUUUAUAACUGGAAGGUCUUAAACUUCUGACUACUCAGAAGGUGUUCAAGGGAGGUGCUCAAACGAUACUGCAAUGAAUGUUCCACCAAGCAUAACCCUUUGUCUUUCUUUCUUGACCUGUAGAUAAUAAUUUAUUUUAGUCUGACUCAAGGGUUUUAUGUCUAUGAAGGUAUUAAUUUGCUCCUUAUGUGAACACUUUAUCUGGAUAUGAUUUUAAUAUUAAUAUGAUUAUAUUAUAAAAAGAUUAAUGGUAUUUUUGUAAGUAACCCUCAUAGAUCUGAGGCUGGUAUCUCAAUGUUGGAUAAGUUUCAUUAACUCACUUUCUUAUUUACCAUAACUUUCUCUCUGCAAAUAGAUUGUAGGAAUAUUACAUUACUUCACUUAAGCCUGUGAAUUUCUACUGAAAAUGUUUACCAUGGAACUAGAAUACAUUUGCUAAUAUUUUUAAUAAAUUUUUAAAAUAAUGAAUGCCUUGUUCAAUAGAAGUAUCAUCUUCUGAGCAGUUUUGGUGAGAUUUGCUUAGCCUUCAAGUAUUUCUUGGCAUGCUGCUCACAAGAUAAGGUUUUCUUUGAUGUAUGCUGCAACUGUAAGCUUAUAGUCUCUGUAGAUUUCAAUUUGUGCACACCUAAUUUACCACGCUUUCAAAAGUGAAUCCAGACAGUGGUUUAGGUGCCACUAUCCACUUCUAGGCACAUAAAAC